CUCCCGGGAGUGGAGGGCGGGGUCUCUGCGCACCAUAGCUUCCCCAGCCUUGGGGUCUGACCCUGAGCGGCGGCCCUCAGACUUUGUUGCUCCUGGCAACAGCCACUUCCGGGAGCGAGUGCAGUUCCCCCAGCAACGCGAGACCCUGAGCCCCGGGUUCCCGCCUUCCAGCGGCAGUUAGUUUGUUGGUCGGCGCUGUUCGCCGCUCGUCCUGGGCCUACUCGCCGCCUCGGCGGGACCUCCGGAGCCACCAUGGUUCUGCUGCACGUGAAGAGGGGCGACGAGAGCCAGUUCCUGCUGCAGGCGCCGGGGAGCACGGAGCUGGAGGAGCUCACGGUGCAGGUGGCCCGGGUCUACAACGCGCGGCUCAAGGUGCAGCGCGUCUGCUCAGAAAUGGAAGAAUUAGCAGAACAUGGCAUAUUUCUCCCUCCCAAUAUGCAAGGACUGACUGAUGACCAGAUUGAAGAUUUGAAAUUAAAGGAUGAAUGGGGUGAAAAGUGUGUCCCCAGUGCGGGUUCAGUAUUUAAAAAGGAUGAUAUUGGACGAAGGAAUGGACAAGCUCCAAAUGAAAAGAUGAAGCAAGUUUUAAAGAAGACUAUAGAAGAAGCCAAAGCGAUAAUAUCUAAGAAACACGUGGAAGCCAAUGUCUGCGUUACCAUGGAGAUGGUGACAGACGCCUUGGACCAGCUUCGAGGUGCAGUGAUGAUCGUUUAUCCCAUGGGGUUGCCGCCAUACGAUCCUAUCCGGAUGGAAUUUGAAAACAAAGAAGAUCUGUCGGGGAGUCAGGCAGCACUCAGUGUCAUCACAGAAUCAGAAGCGCAAUUGUGGUGGGCAGCAAAGGAGCUAAGACGAACCAAGAAGCUUUCGGACUACGUGGGGAGGAAUGAAAAAACCAAAAUUAUCGUCAAGAUUCAGCGGAGGGGGCAAGGAGCUCCAGCGCGAGAACCCAUCAUUAGCAGUGAAGAACAGAAACAGCUGAUGCUCUACUAUCACAGAAGACAAGAGGAGCUCAAGAAACUGGAAGAAAAUGACGACGAUUCCUGUUUAAAUUCUCCGUGGGCAGAUAACACUGCUUUGAAAAGACAUUUUCAUGGAGUAAAAGACAUAAAGUGGAGACCAAGAUGAAGUUCACCAGUUGAUGAAGCUUUCUAAACUAUUAGCUCAUCUUUCUUUUGGCAAAAUAAUAAUAAUAAUAAUAACUAAAAAGGACACCCACAACUCUCUUGGAAAGUUGUUGAAAUUUCUGGUUUUCCUAGUUGUUUUUUCAGUUUGAAUGUUUAAAAUAAAAGUUAUUCAAGGUUUUAGAACUUAAUAAAUACAUCCUCGAAAGAA